UGUUUCACUGGACCCUGAGCUAUUAUGUAUCCGUUCAUAUUGCUGCUUUUCCUGCAUAUAAGAAAAAUAAAGUUGUGCACCCUUUUUUAACUUUUUUUUUUUUAACUGUUUUUCUAUGUAAGUGGGUUCUAAUAUGAAAGGGUGAUUUAAAGCUAUUAUGAAAGGGGGUUUGCUGCUGUCCUUUAGGAAAAACCCUUUAGGGCAUUUCUGAAGAUUUCCCAACGCCCUGUAAGUGCAGCAAGAUCUUACUUUGUACAUAAUGCACAGCAGAGAAUUGAGGGCAAUGGAGCACUGUACUUUACACCUUCCAUAGGCAGCCAAGUACAGGGUUUUAGAUGGGCACCUGUGGGCCAUGUACUUGACUGAAUGUUCCCUAAGGCUUGUCACUGCUCUCUCAUGAGAUAAGGAGACCCCCUUUCAUGCCUAACUAGAAUGCCUACAUAAUACUUAAUACUUGGUCAGUGCUAAAUUAGAAGUGGUCUUGUAUGCAAUCACUUCUGUCACUCACGUCACAAAUAAAGACUUGGCUUGCAAGCAACAUCAACGUCUCUGUAUUUGAGGGGUCCGGUGGCCGUUUUGGUGCCUUUGAAAGAAAAACUCAGCCCAGCAGCAACAAAGGGAAAUGAAUGGGGUUUUGUGACCCAUCAACAGCCAGCAAAACUAGGUACGUGGCAUGUGCAUCGACAGAGGAAGAGCACAACCUGACCGUGUUUCAGUAUCGCGGGAAAAUUUAUUACCGUGCCAGUCAAGUAAUCCCCACGGGUACUGAACUGCUCGUUUGGAUUGGAGAGGAAUAUGCUCGGACGCUAGGACUCAAACUGGGUGAACACUUUAAAUAUGAGUUUGGAGAAAAAGAACUUCUUAUGAAGCUGUUCCAGGACUUGCAGCUAAAACCAGUAGACUCCAUAUCAAAUCAUGUGUCAUCUCAAAGUCAGUACAUGUGCAAUGAUAUGGUCACACCUGUGAUGCAGGCACACAGGACAAGUUACCCACUGAACAAUAUUGGACAUACAUCCUCUGUCUUCCCACUGCUGGAGGGAACCCAGAAUCUUGUGAGCCUCGGUCGAGCACAGAGCCGCUACUGGACCUUUUUCGGGUUUCAGGGGGAUGCCUAUGGUCGCAUUAUCGAUAAGACAAAGAUAAUUUGCAAACUAUGUGGUGUGCGACUCUCCUACAGUGGUAAUACUACCAAUCUGAGGCAGCACUUAAUAUACAAGCACCGGCGGCAGUACAAUGAUUUAGUCGGCACACAAGGAGCUGUUGUGGAUCCACAUAAAAGUAUAGAAUCAGUUUCUCCUUGUGAGUUGGCUUCCAGAGCAAUUGUAGCUCCAACAGUGGGGAGAACAACAAGAGCAGUGGCAGAUUUUAUUGUCCGUGACCUUAUGCCUCUUGAAAUCAUUGAGGGGGAAGGUUUUAUUCAAAUGCUGGCGAUACUGGACCCCAAUUACAAACUGCCAGCAAUUUCUUUCUUGGCUCAUACCAUUUUACAGGAAAUGUACAUUCAAGUAAAGGUCAAAGUGGUCGAACUGGUGAAAAAUCUGCAAGAAUGUUCCAUCAGCCUGGAUUUUUGGAAACACAGUGGAGCUCUGUCCUACCUCACCCUCACCAUUCAUUACGUUGAUGAAGGAUUUGAAUCCCGGAACAUAAUGCUGUCAAGUAGGGCUGUUGCAGAAGACCUUUCAGAAGGCAAUUUGACAUCGGUCCUGCUGGAUGCAGCUGAAGAGUGGGGGAUUCGUGAUAACACUUUCUAUGCAGUGGGCCUCAACAGUUCUUCUGUUAAGGUAGCAACCUCAAAUGUGGGCUGGAGACCUCUGCCAUGCGUUGGGCAGGUUUUAAGAGGUUGCAUCGAGACUGUUCUUCAGCAUCACACCAUACAAAGCACUCUGGAUCGAUUUAGGAAACUUACAGCAUUUGUUUGUUCCUCUCCGACUCAAAUUGAGGAGAUGUCGACACAUGGUCCUGUGUUAAAGGUGCACUUAAAAAUGUUCCUGCGAGAUGGAACUAAGUGGUACAGUAUAUACACAUUGUUGCAGAGCAUAGUGGACCAUUCCAAUUAUUUUAAAAACCUAACUGAAACAAUACGCGAAAGUGACAUUGUUCUACAACAAGAUGAUUGGUCAGUCCUUCAGGAUGUAGUAGACAUCCUCAAACCCUUAGCAAUAGCUACCUCAACAUUUACCAAAGAUCAGUUUGCUGGAUUAUCACUGGUGAAGCCUGUGAUUACCAGCUUAUUAUACAAACAUUUAGCGCCUAAUGAGUGGGACUCUGAUUUUUGUAAGACUAUUAAAAAGGCCAUACAUGAGGAUUUGAGCUUUAAGUAUGCAGAUCAUGAUGUCAAUCAGGUUCUUAACUUGGCAUGUGCCUUGGAUCCUCGUUUUCGUGGCCUUGAUUUCCUCAGCCAGCCAGACCGAGUGGAAACACUUCAUUUACUGAAGCUUGAGGCGUCCAAUUUAGCAAAGUUGCAGACCCCUGAACAUACCUGUGUUACUCCUGAGCCCUUAAAUGCAAAACCACCUAUUAAAAAAGUCAAGCAAGACUCUGGCAUUGAAUUCCUUUUGGGAGACUUGUGCAGUGUACGGAACUCCUCAGUGAGCACAGUCAACCAACAGGCAGAACAAGAGAUUAGCAGCUUUCAGACAAGUGAAGCUUCUUCCUUAUGCCAGGAUCCACUGCAGUGGUGGAAAAUGCAUCAUACCCAGUAUCCCCUUUUGGCUCGGGCAGCCCGGAAACUGUUGGCCAUUCCGGCAACCUCAGUGCCCACAAACUGGCUAUUUACUGAUGCUGGUUUGGCAGUUUAUAGAAAGCGUUCUGCCCUGACUGCAGAAAAUGUAGACUUGCUAGUCUUUCUCAAUGGAAACAGGUUAAUGCUUUGAAUCUUUGCUGGGUGGCUCCUUCACGUUUGUGCCUCUCCCUCUUACAUCCAAGCCACCCAUUGCCAGUGGACCAUUUAAUCUUCUCCAGGUCAGAUCUAGUGCUUCCCCAUAUACUAUUUCCUAAAGCAGAAGGGGGGCAAGGAAAUUUUCUGUCGUUCCCACCAGAACCUGUAUUCUCUGUAGCCAGUAUAUUACUGGGCAUCUCAAAUAAUACCCCCCAUUUUUUUUUAUUUCCUUGAAGCUUUCACUGAAGGAUUCCUUGGGGAGAACUUUUGUGUUUAAUACGUAGAUUAUGUAGGUACUCAUCUGGCUUAAUUAUAAUAAUGGUCUCCUCUGUGGUGGAAAUUAGUCUUAAAAGAAUAUAUUUAACUAGAGGAUAUGUAGGUGUUACGCUACAUUAGAUAUAAGUUUGUUUUUUUGUUUUUUAAACUAUUUAUUGGUCAAAUGUAAAAGGAAAAUGUCUAUUAUAAUGGUUUGUUUAAUCCUGCAAUACAGUAUUUCUGUGUAACACAGAACUGUCUUAACUAUUGAAUCAUUAUGUUAAUGCAAUAACGAGAAGCCGGGCUCUUAUGUCACUCUUCAUAAACGAGCAGUUUUUCUCAGCAUGUUUUAAUUGUUUCUAUGAAUGGUUUCCUACGCAAUUAAGAUAAUGAUAUUGCUGUUAACCUUGGUGCUUUUCCUUUAUCUGGGCUGUGGAAUGCCCUACUAUACCCUUAUUUUCCUUGCAGCAGGGGUUCUGCCAGUGACACCGAAUCACAAGCUAGAAACCAUGCAUUGAAUGCCUCUGUCUGAAACCUAAGAAUAAAUAUGGUUUAUUUCAUGUACUAAACUAACUGUGCAAGCCCUUAGGUUCAGCAGCACUAAACCAAAAAUUAUUUAGGCCUUUAAAUAUGUACAUAACAGAUUACCAUCUUCGGUUUGUUGGGCCAUCUUUAGGGGUUGUUAGAAGUGAUUGUAGAAAGUAAGCUUAUAUAAUAGCAGGACUAGACACCCAUGGGCCUAGGGGCAUAAUUUGCAAGUGGACCUCCUUACCCCCCUCAACCCUUGUAAGUACCUUCAAUCCUCUGCUGUAUUGCCACCCUUACACCUCAUGGGGGGGAGGUGGCAGGUCCAGAUCCAGUCACACCCCUUGACCCCCAGUAGCUACACCAAAAAUUAGAAUGCAAUAAUUUCUAUCAGAAUUAAGUUCUAAUCAACUUUAUAUCCUGACAUUUAUAUUGUGUGUGUAUAUAUACUGUAUUUUGUGAGUGGAACCCUAAGCUCAGAUAAGUGACAGUAGCACAGAGCAUGUGCAGCGAAUCAGCAGAAAAGAAUAUGGUAGGAAACUGGGGGCAUCUUUGGAGCUACAGAUUUUUGUUGUGCUGGCCUUGGGCUGGUACAGAACCACAAAACAUUAGAGGGGUCAUUUAGGACCACAAACACAUUUGCUGUCUCACAAAUUCCCCCACAAUCAGUUGCAAGAAAAAUCCUAUUGUUUAAAGGUACCUGUGUCAAAGUGUGCUCCUUGCAUUUCUGUAUAUUGUGUUACUCCUGUGUCAUUACAGCCUCCCAUUCUGAAUCAAUUACAGUUGCACAUAUAGAUGUAGAAGAACCCUGAAACUAUCACCACCUCCAACUGUGUCUAGUAGGGCGCCUGUGUCACUUUUAUGCCAAAUACGGAAUGACUUCAACCAGACUUUGGCACAAUUGUGUCCAGCUGAACUUUACUCACAGCUAUUGCAGUCAUAAAUGACCCCUGUGAUGUAGCAUUUCUAUCUUAAUUUUGUUGGGGUAAGAAGCUCUCUGUAAGUGCUCAAUAUAACAUGAGCAAUACCUCAGUGAUGUAACUAGAAUUACUGGACACCUCAGAAAAGUAAUUUGGGGCUGCUCUCUUUUGGGAUUUUUCAUUAGACUGCCUAUCGGUGAGUGCCCCACUGGCCCCAAAACCAUCCUGUCCCCCCAGCAAUCCCUGGUAACAUGGGCUGGGGGAGGGUCUGGAUAGCAUUAAGAACGAAACCCUCUGGAAUUAGUUUUAAUAUUUAAUCAGCAUGAAUUCUGUCUUUUGAAACUGUUAUUUGCAUUUUAAAGGGACACUGUACUGUUAUUUAUUUAUGUAUAUGUAACCCAAACCAUAACUAUUUAUUAAACUGUUCUGAAUUUUUCCACUAGGUGGAGCAUGCAAUGAAACCAAACAGAAAAA